AUGGACCCCCCAAAGUACCCUGUGGGCCCCCAGAAAGUACCCUGUGGGCCCCCAGGGUGCCGUAUCCACCAGUGUGUCUUUCUAACCUGUCUGUCUAUUCCGCAGGUGUCGACGCGCUUCGACCAGCGGCUUCAUGCGGCUGCGGUGCGCGGCGACGUGGAGGAGGCGAUUCGGGUGCUCGACACGGGCCGCGUCCACGUCGACUGCGCCGACCGGGACGGCACGACGCCGCUGAUCCUCGCGGCAGCCAACAGCCACGUGGCGCUGGUGAAGGAGCUGCUGGACCAGGGCGCCGAACCCAACGCCACCCGACACACGGGGACUGGGGCGCUGUUCUUCGCUGCCCAGGGCGGCUUCCUCGACAUCGUCACCAUCUUGCUCGAUAAUGGCGCCAAAAUCAACCAGGCCUCGAAGGACGGCGGAACUGCGCUCAUCGUGGCGGCGCAGUGCGGUCACCUGGACGUCGUGACCGAGCUGCUGAGACGCAACGCCGACCCCAACAGCGCCAUGAAGGACCGAGCCACCGCAGUCUUCGUCGCAGCGCAGAAUGGCCACACCAGCGUCGUCAGGACUCUCCUCAACGCCGGAGCCAAGGCCAACGUGAGGCGGUUGGACGGCGCUAGUCCACUGUGGAUUGCGUCUCAAAUGGGACAUCAAGGUGUUGUGCGUCUACUACUGAGUCAUGGUGUCAAUCCAGAUAUCUGCAGACAUGAUGGAGCAACACCUUUGUUCAAGGCUGCCCACAAGGGACACGUGGAGGUUGUCCAUGAGCUGCUGCCCUAUAAGCCUUGUCUGGGUCUCCUAAGGAAUGGAGAAUCUGCUCUGCAUGCAGCAGCAUUGUAUGGUCAUGUCCGAGUCUUGAAGGCAUUGGUGCAAGCAGGUGCUGAUCCCGGCCUCAAGAAUGAUCAGGGUCUUACCCCAAUACAGAUUGCUGCUCAGGCUCGACACCCAGAGGCCGUCCAGCUACUGAAAGAUGCCCAGUCUAAGAGGAAAGAUGGAGCGCAGACACCACCCAAACAGACAUCACCUGGGCCACGAUCCCCUCGCCUUGUGCAGAGCAUGAGUGGCAAUGUUACCUCUGGGCUAGGGAGUCAGAGUAGCAGCCGAGGUUCUUCUCGAAAUAGUUCCUUAGGUACUAUUGUAGAAACCAGCCCAGUACUACCACGCUCUGUAAGCUCCCCAAGUAACUCGCGUCCUGCCCAGUAUGUUUCAUGUGAAUUGAGUAACAUUGUGGAUGGUGGAGCACGUCCAAGAUGCCAUGGAGGUACUGGUUCUUGUACAUCUGUUGCUGGCCACAAUGCUUCUUCUAAUCCUUCGCCAUCUCCUAGUAUUUCCAGUGAACCUUCACAGUCCAUGAUCACAGCCCUGCAGAAGGCCCCACGACAUGCCUCUCACACUGAUGUCAGCAGUGUUAAAAACAUUUUCCGUAGAACUCUUGCAUCCUUUAGGCGAUCCAGUAUAGCAAAAAGAAGUGACAAACCACAUGAACCAUGACAACUCUCAAGGGCCUCUUUAUCUCCCCUUUUUCCGUACUUGUUUGCUUUCCAGACUGUAUGAUAUUUUCAGUACAAAUGCCUAAUAAAUCUCUGGUGAUAUUAGGAUAGAAGGACUUAUAUCGGGAUGUUCUAUUUAGGAAUUCAUGGUGCUGAAAUUUUAAAAAAGGAAACUGAAAUUAUGAAAAGCUAUCCGGAGAAGUUAUGAUAAGUUGGUGUAUAACAAGUGUUUUUUUUCUUACAACCGACUGAAUUUAAUACAAAGAGCCUUUUAAAUGUUUAUUAUUACAUGAUUGUUAAUAUACCAUUUAUAAGUUGAUAGAAAAGCCUACUGAGUGAUGAAUGUUGUGCCACUUUUGCCUGAAUGUUUCUCAGGUGUCAGGUUUUGGUGAAGCAGCAAUGGAGACUAGUAUUAUCUCCACAAAUAUCUUGGUGUAACUUAUGCAAGCUGUUAGGCACAGUAAAUGGGGAGAAGUUCUUCGUUUCAGUAUGAGGUGGUUACUGUUUUUUAAUGAUAAAAAAUUAACAUUUAAAUUACAAUAGGAGAGAAUAGUGAUAGGACACUUAAGGUAUUGUCUGUAGAGCAAAAAAGAAUGAAUUACUGGGCAACUGGUUUUGGUGCUCAUUAUUAAUCAUAGUUAUAAUCAGAUGAUGAUUAGGAAUUGCAUUGGACAUGGAAUACUCAGAAAACGUCAACUGCACAACCUAACAAAGGCAAUGUUGUAUAAAGAAAUACCCAUAUUUGAACCUGAAACACUCACUAGAAAGUUAGUGAAUUUUUUCAGUAAAAUUUCACUUACACUUUCAGUUCAUUGGCACUUAAUUUUGGUUUGAAAACAGAAUGUGACUUUCUGUCUCAGAUGUUCAUUAUCUGAUACUUAAUGGAAGGUUACUGUUGGAGUAACUUGUUGAACUAGGCCUAACUAGUGUUCAGGGUGGCACAAUUAGAGGCAUGUCCUGAUGAGUGGGCUUAGUCAGCGGGCAUGCUUAGUGACGUCUGAGAUGGGCUAAACAACCAGUUUGCAAGUGAAAAGCGUUGUUUAGCCAGUAGUCUACCUGUCUCAAAUUGCACAUCUUGGGCAAGCCCGCCAAUCAGGCCUGCUCAUCUGGACAAGUCUUUACUCUUUUCUUGAACAUUUAAAGUAGCUUGGGAAAACAAUCAUAUCUACUUUGAAACUACAAGCAUUAAUGCUACUGAAGAGUCUUGCCUAUAUAUGGUCCAACCAGUUAUAAUAGGCCUAUUUGUAAAACUGAUUCUGCUGGGAGUCAGGAGAAAUUUUGUUUUGCCUAGGUAAUAAGUUCCUUUAGGAGGGUAUAGAAUAUCUAAAAAUAAUUUAACAUCCUUUGGGCCUGCAGCUGGUUGAGCCUGAAACAGGGCUACAUGAAAUAAGAUGAAAAAACAUUUAGGUCUAUGCUUAUUGUCAGGUAUUGUGACCUAAACAUCAUGUCUUAAACUUAUUUAAAAGGUAAUACAGAUCUACAGCUAUGUUAUUCUAUGGAUAGUGUUUAUACUCUGUGAGUAUAGAAUAUCCAGUAUUUUUAAACCACAAGAUAAGAUAGCAGUUGCUCAGCUGUAAAAUCUGGACAAAAUAUGUUGAAUGACUGUAUGUGAUUUUAUAUUGGAUAUCAUAAUGACAAUAGAUAGGUAAUGAUGAAACAUAGAACAGAGAGGCUGAAGAUACUGAAAGUUUUAUAUUGAUCACAAGACUUGAACUACAAGUCAAAUCUUUAGUUGGUGGUCAUAAAUUAUUGCAUACCCUUAGAUACUUACUGAGGGCAUGUAAUUGAUCACACUUUACAUCUGACUGCAACUGUCUUCUGCCAUUAUGAGGAGGCUUGAAAGCUUUUACACCUGGUGCUUUGCUGGUACAGUGUGCCACUUGUGUGUCUGAACACUUGGUGACUUGGGGUUUCAUCAGGCUCUGCAAUUUAAUUUGUUGUUGAUCAAAUUUUACAUUGCACUGGGGAUCUACUUGGUAUUCUUUGUCUUCGAAGCAGUGCAUUAGAUAAAAUAGUUCUGAUUAAGUUUUUAUAGAAAAAAUAGUUUCACGUGGUACACUUUUUCAGGAUUUCUGCAUUGGUCAAACAGUUUUCUGAUUUGACGUGAUGGUUAUUCAAGUCAUAAACUGUUCAGUGUUUCAUGCAGAAUUUCACAAAGAUCACUGCUGUUGUGUUGCGAUGGUCGAACGAGCGAAUUCACUUUUGCCUUCAAGUAAUUCUUAAGUGUCAUGUCUGAUACUUUGUUUACAUUGUAUAUAAUUAGGAGUUGAUGAAAGUGUGACAGAGGGACAGUAUUAUUUUUCAGAAUAUUCCUUGCAAAUGGGGUGUGACUGCACUUAUGAAAUGUGUAUAAUGGAACUUAUUAUCUUCCUACCAAGUGCUAUGCACCAUAAACACUAAAAGCGUGGGUAACUUGUGUCAAUGUUAGCUGGUCACCAUCAGUAACAUGCUGCACCAGACACACUGCAAGGCACUUUCAACAUUCUUGGACAUACCUAAGUAGCACCUAAUUGUAAAUGUACAUGAAUACUUCUAUGAAAAAUUUAUGUGAUUAACCAAUCAGAAUAUUUAUUUCUAGUUACACUACUUAAAAGAUAAACAUUUCUUUUUAUGACAGGAUGGCCCUUCCCCACAUGUCCAUUGUUACUGGGGUAAGGGUAAUUUUUAUUAAUUAGUUUUAAGGCUUUAAUUUGUUGAAAUCAAAUUACUAUAUAAAUAUAUUUUGAAUUGGAUAUGCCAAGGUGUGUCACAUGAGUAAAAAACAUCAAUGUGUAUACUUACAAUAUUGGCAGCAGCCUCAUAUUCCACAGUAGGGUUCUGUUGGUGUUACAAGCUAUCCUACUUGUUUCAUUGCUAAUGGGAAGAUGUCACGCUUGUUGACUCUUCCUCCAUAUCACCUUCAGGUCUCAACUAUAUCAUGCAAGGGGUGAUUCUGUUGGAAUGUUUAUUAUGAGUGUUCAGGAGUGAUGUCUGCAUUUCAAUAUGUUGUGGGUGAAAAGAAGUCACUGAUACACAAUCCUGUACAGGUGGUAAUUUCAUGCAACCAGUGAUAUGAGGAUUUUGACAUCAUAUACCAUCAGAAAAAGGUUCUUGAUUAUAUCUUACAGCAUAUGCAGAAGGCUGCAACAGCUUUCCACACAAUACUAUACUCUACUGGUCAUGAAUGCUGGGACAUAAUGUAAUAUCCUAAAUAACUACAUAGUUGUGACCAUGUGUAAACCAUGCACAGUUGUAUCAUUCUUUGCACGGCUUCUGUCACACAUACUAUUAUAAAUAUCAAAUCAUCUUGCAAGCAUCCACAUCAUUUACUGUAUCCAGAAAAUUUGCUGCUUAACACUCGUGAUAAAUGUAACUGAUUGUUUACCCCCACAGACAAGUGCAUAUCGUGGGUUCUUCCUUCCUCAGUGUUGCUGCAGUGUCCAACCACCACAUAGUGCUCGCCCUUCUUCUCACUAACAGUCAAACUAGUUAGUUUGUUCAGCCUUUUGGAUGCUCCAUGCAUUGCUUGACUACCAUGUACUGUACCAUACUUGCUAAAUAAACAACCAUCACAUUUUA